CAAUAGAUAAUUUGAAACGGAGGGAGUUAUGAUAUAGCGUAAUACAAAAAAAGAAAACCAGAUGGUUAAUUUUCAUUGGCCGAAAAAGAUUCAAAAGAAUAUACUUUUAUAAUAUUCCAACUCCCAAUACCACUACAUAAAUCCAUCAUCAUGAGAAAAUAGAAAAGUUCUCGAAACGACGAAAACAGGAAAAACGUAAUGAGCGAGGCAUUAAAGCGAAACUAUCAGGUAUGCGAAGAGCUAGGUAAGGGACGAUUCGGCGUCGUUUUCAAGUGUUACUCACCAAAAACCGGCGAGAAAUUCGCCGUCAAGUCAAUCAACAAACUUGUCAUCGCUGAUGACUCUAUUGAUCGUCAAUGCAUUUACAAUGAAGCUAAAAUCAUGCAAUUGGUUUCACCUAAUCCUCACAUUGUUCGUAUCGAAGAUGUUUAUGAAGAUGAUACGUACCUUGAUAUCGUUAUGGAGCUGUGCGAGUCCUCUGAUCUCUUCCAACGAUUAGAGACUCAACGAGUCUUCUCUGAGUCUGAUGCCAUUGCUGUUAUGGUUCCGUUGAUGGAGGCAGUAACACAUUGCCACAAGGUCGGCGUAGCGCACCGUGAUAUCAAGCCGGAUAACAUUCUGUUUAACGACCGGAACGCGUUGAAAUUAGCUGAUUUUGGCUCGGCUGAGUGUUUCCGCCACGGCGAGCUGAUGAGCGGAGUGGUAGGAACACCUUAUUACGUGGCACCUGAGGUUUUAGCCGGAAGAGAUUACAAUGAGAAGGUAGAUAUUUGGAGUGCGGGUAUAAUUCUGUAUAUAAUGCUGGCUGGAAUUCCUCCAUUUUAUGGUGACUCUACAGAGGAGAUUUUUGAAGCUGUUCUUAGAGCAAACCUUAGGUUUCCGACGAGGAUUUUCCAGUCUGUGUCGCCGGCGGCGAAGGAUUUGCUACGUGGAAUGCUAUGUAAAGAUGUUUCUAGAAGAUUCUCAGCUGAACAAGUCCGUCGGGGUAGCGAAAGGGGAUUACGACGUGGGGAUUCAAACCUUCACCAACAAGGUGAAAGUUCAGUUAGCCAGUCAACUGAGCUACUAGAUUCCUACCAUUUACGUAGACUUACUUGCAGGGACGGAUGCAGUAAGAGGCCAGGGUGUUCACCGAACACCCUAGACAAAAAAUUACAGUGUAUAUUUAGGGUAAAUUUUUUGUGUUCAUGUACAUAUAUUAACUUUUGAACACCCUAAACAUAUAUUACAGUGUAUAUUUAGGUCUAGUUAUUUUUUCGAACACUCUGAGUGAAAAUUCUGGAUCCACCACAGCUUACUUGUGUCUAUUUGUGCCAAUUAGAUGAACUUCAAAUCAUUUUUAAUCCAUUCAACAUUUGAGCACCAUUGCUCCCCGUAGCCUCGUAUGAUAAUGAAAAAUUAGAUCUUUAUGUGGAUAUAAAAAACAUACUUCUUGUUUUCCAAUUCAUGUGGCAUAGUUUGAUGGCCAAAAAGAUUAUUUUUUUUAUUUUUUUUUUAUAAUUUUAAACUAGUCAUAAUGUUUGCGUGCAUAUAAGACGUCUGAAAUUUGCGAUAAACAUGUCAUAAUAUGUGGCUGUAAAAGUUUCUCAUUAGGAAUAACAUUAAUUAAUUUUUUAAAAUUUAGGAAGUCGUCAUUGUUUUUUCAAACGGCCUAAAAAACAAAUGCUACCACAUAAAUUGGAAUUGAGAGAGAUAUAAUUUGUGGUUAACCCUAUUAUAUACGUAUAAUUUGAAAUUUAAGUAUUGAUUCACUUAUUUGUUUGGUUAAUGAGGUGAUAUUCAAUAAACAGGGCAUCCAUGGAUCACUAGCAAUGAUGAGACGAAAGAAGUUGAUGUCAUAGCUUGACAAAUUG